UUGUGUGUUCCGUUCGCUGUUUUGUGCUGUGCUCAUUAAUCGCCUUCGUUCGUGUGGAUCCACCAGGAAUUGUGGUUUGUGUUUGGGUUCUUCCGGGAUUUCGUGAUCAGCUGUUUGGGGACCACCGGCCAUCCGCCGACAACAUAGCCGCGGAUUUGCGAAAACCGAAGGUCGCACCGAGUGGUAACGGCAGGUGGCUAGUGUGGUAGGUGUGGUAGGUGUGGGAUGCAAAUAUUGGGGCACCUCAAUGCCACCGGAUGAGGUUGGGGCAGUAAGCGAAGGAAGACAAAGAAGAUCAGCUCUCAAAAGCCCAACCCCAUACACACCGACCGUGAACAUGUUUUCGCAAUAAUCGCCCGAUUGUACGUGUGUCCGCGAGUGAUCCGGGGUCCAGUUUUGUUCCGCGAGUGGUCGAUUCGGUCGGUGUGUGCUACGGGAGUGCGUCAUCGCGUAGUGGCCGUGAAUGCGCUGGCAUUCAUGCUGGCGAUGAGAAAGAUUGUGUGAAACUGAUUGUGGUCUGACCAGGAAUCCCCUCGCCGGGGUCAACGAAGUUAUCGAACCUGGCAUAACGGUCGGCUGGACAGUCGAGUGCAAGUCGCUGGAACAUCUCGGAACACCUUUAACCGGAGACAAAACAUCAACAAUUCGUCCAAGAUGACGAACAUGCGACCACCGAGCAAAAAUAUACUGCUGAAAGUAGUCAUUCUCGGUGACGGAAAUGUUGGCAAAAGCUGCCUCAUGAACCGCUUCGUCUCGAACUUUUUCGAUGCGAACAGCUUUCACACGAUCGGUGUCGAGUUUCUGAACAAAGACCUACAAGUGGACCAGGAACGCUACACACUGCAGAUCUGGGACACUGCUGGCCAGGAGCGGUUUCGAGCGCUGCGCACACCCUUUUACCGCGGUACCGACAUCUGUCUGCUCACGUACGCGAUUGACGACCGGCAAAGCUUCCGGGCGUUGGUGAGCUGGCGCGACGAGUUCCUCCGGUACUACGACGUCAACCCCGAGCGGUUUCCCUUCAUCGUGGUCGGCACGAAGAACGAUCUGCCGGCGGCACAGCGCCAGGUGACGGCCGACGAGGUGGCCCAAUGGUGCCAGGAGCAUCACGUGGCUGCCUUCAUUGAAACGUCAGCGAAAACGUCCGAAAAUGUGGCCACCGCCUUUGCGCUAGCCGUACAACAGUGGAAAAAGCUCGAGCGAUGCACGGAGCGGGAAUUGCGCGCCCAGGGACAGGAUACGAUCGAUCUGAUGAAGAGCGUCAACCUGAGUGCGAACCGGAAUCGGUUUUGUUGUGUCGGUGGCAAUGGUGGACGAUCGUCUGCAGCAGCAGGGAUGCAGGAUGAUGAUGAUUAUCCCAACUAAAAGUGGUGCGCUCCAAGGGGAAGCAGGUGGUGCUAGGUUUAAGCUAGAGUUGCAGACAACGCGUUGUCAUAUGUGAUAAGAAUGUGGCGAAGAAACACAAGCGUGAAAGGAGACAAAUCAACGACGAAAAUUUCAUUGUGCACACACACACACACACACACACACACAUUGAUGCGACAGUCGGCCACCGCGUAGCAAUUGCACGAUCGAUCGAUGAUCGAUUGAGAUAGGAAGGGAAGGUGGGAACACGGGUUCACAGCAUGCCAAGGGCAAUAGGCAGCCAUCGCUUCAGCGCUGUGUGUUCUAGAGGCAUCACGUAGCAGUACAACACAAUCGAGGUGAUUGUCCCGCGUCGAUGCCUGCUACUGGUGUGACUGGCGCAUCGUCACCCGUUUAUGUUGUUUCAUUCGACCUCCCACUUGGGCUGGCCUUUUGAUUUAUUUGUUUCUUUACAUUCGUCCUCGAGUGUGGUUUCGCUCGAUCGCGCAAUAAUGUGUGCUCCGUAUCUCUGCGUACCUGAUGAACCGCAUUUAAAUGCUCGAUCACGACCCCGUGCUCGCAAUGCAAAAGAACGAUCGCGUAGAUCGCGCUCGAUGUGUCGAUCAUUUCUUUCUUUUGUUGUUGUCGAAACGAAUUGCCUGGCAGCUAUAAGGCAGCAGUUCUCGUGUGGUUCGCGUAUGCGAGCAUGCGAGCAACCAUUUUUCACUCUUCAGCACUACUCACACAGCAAUCGUCGAGAUUUUUAAUAUUCCAUUAAGGCAGCCGCGGAGUACCACGGAGUCAGUUGGUGGUGGUCCCGUGCCUAAUGUUGUAAAAGCAAUAAUUUAAUGUUGAGUUUAUGUAUGUUAUAUAUUGUAGUGUAAUACAUUCCACAAAGAUGAAAGACAGCUGCUAACAUGAUUUCGCUGUUCGCGCUACAUUCGCAAUUCCAAGAGAAGGCUGGUUCCCAGGAUGGAAAAGGGAGAGAAAGCAAUGAAAAGACUAUCGUCGAAUCGAUUGGAAGAGUGAGAGAAAGGGUUAGGAGGUUUUAGCUAGGGAUAGAUAUUGCGACAAGGGCAACUAUUUUACUAACAAAGACACAGUAGGAGCAUUUGGCUCACCUGGAACCCCCUGGGUGUGUUAGAGGUAGGCUAGGGAAGGGUAGGAGGAAGAAGAGGUUGUCAUAAGGAUUUGGAACAGCUAUUUUGUAUAAGCAUAUUGACGAUUCAUUCAACAGGCAGGCAGCAAACAAGUAAACAUUCACUUCUACAGAUUCACUUUGUAUAAUAAACACCAAAGUAAAAAAGAAAAUUAUC